CUUUCUUUUCUCCUCCCGUGUUUUAUCCGUUCUAGACACUCUCUUGACAGGUUAGCAGUGACUACGACGCGGCUCCCCGAUCCCGAGCGCCAAACCCUCGAUUCGCACGCCGCCGCCGCCCUCUCCUCCUACCAGGUCGCCGCCCGGGCGCCUGCUUCCGGCCUUUCACCCGACUGACCGCCUCCUGGGGUGCUCCCCGCUCGCCCUCUCCUCCCCAACUCGCCGCCGCAUAGAUCUGGUGGACGACCAUCUCCCCCGAGCACUUCGCCACCUCCUCGCCCCGAACGCCGAGGUCACCUCCACCUCCGGCCCUGCCCGCCAACGCCGCGCGGCUUCAGCUCAAGUUUACCAUGUCCGGGAUGCCAUCUGAUGAUGCAACCGGCCAAGUGAGGCUUGAAGGAUAUGUUUCGGAUGAAAAAGUAGAACAAACUCAGGACCAGAAUGAAGUUGGUGGGAUGCCCUCGCGACAAGAGGAGGAGGCAGCAAUUAAGAAAAAAUAUGGAGGAAUAUUGCCCAGAAAGACUCCACUUAUAUCUAAGGACCAUGAGCGUGCUUACUUUGAUUCUGCUGAUUGGGCUUUAGGAAAGCAAGGAGGUGCUCCCAGCAAGCCUAAAGGUCCUCUUGAAGCACUUCGGCCAAAGCUUCAGCCCACUCAACAAAGUGCACGUGCCCGUCGAACUCCUUAUGCAUCUGCAGAUAAUGAUGAGAGUUUGAACUUGUCUCCUGAGGACACGAGCCAGCAUGGCGAAUCCGUUGAGGGUACAAACAAGGAAUAAGUACGUUAGGCAGCUCUGUGCCUUUUAUAUGAAAACAAAUUCUCGUUUGAUGCUCUUAUGCUAAAACUUUUGCCUUGAUCAUUAGUGUGGAUACCUAUAAUACUCGUGAGGUUGAGAUGUGCAGUUUGAACUGCAUAUGAGAUGUGGUAUAUGUAGCAUCUAGUACAUUCAGCUGUUGGGUUUUUCUGAUACUUGAAAUGAAAUAGUUAUGAAUGACCCAUCAUUGAGCUGUUCGGUCUUUAGGAUACCUGGAGCAGCUGGGAAUGAGCAUCUAAUGGUUGCGAUGUUUUAGUACUGCAUGUGUAAGCAAACAAAUGGAAAUUCGACAGUUCAAACUUCUUUUGAACAGAAAUAACUAUAAUAAAGAGUUUACUGUAUU